AUGCGCUGCCGCGGAGCUCCGCUCGCCUGCCUCUGCCUGGGGACGCUGCUGGCCCUCGCCGACGCCAAGGGUGCCUUCUAUCCCCCCGCCGCCCCCCUGCCCUACGGCGGCAGGUACAGCCUCUACACAGCCGGCUCCAGCCCGCAGCUCGGCCCCGGCAAGCCCGUGGGCAAACACAAGAGCUACUGUGCCUACGUGGUGCAGCGCAACGUGACGUGCACUCUGCAGGACGGGGCCGAGAGCUACGUCAAGGCUGAGUAUCACAAGUGCAGCUGGGGACCCAAGUGCCCGGGGAAAGUGCUGUACCGCACCUUCUUCAGACCCAGAUACAAGAUUGGCUACAAGACAGUGACCGAGCUGGCCUGGAGGUGCUGCCCAGGCUUCAUGGGAGAAGGGUGCCAUGACAGCCCAACCGACCAACCUGGCCUCCUGCCCCAACAUCCCAGCCCUAAAAUGCCUCCUGGGCAAAAGAUGUUUCCGAUCCCCAGACUUCCUCCCCAUCCAAAAAGCCACCCUGACCUGUUUCCAGGACCAAAGAUGAAUCAAUAUGGUAGGAAGCUGCCUGGCCUCUUCGGGGACCGCCUGGACCGGCUGGAGGAGGAGGUGAGGCGCCUUUCCCAGUCCUACGACAGCCUGCACACCCUGGUGAGCAGCCUGAGACUGGCCAUCCAGGAGGACACCACCAAGAUGAUCAGCUCCUUGAUGAACAGCCCAGGCACACCUGACUCCAUGGUGGGCUUCGGCAUCAUUCCGGACGGCCUGGUGGACGUGGCGGACAAAGCCGAUAUCGCCACGUACCCUCCCGUGGGGGAGAUCCUGACCAAAGUGACGGAGGUGAGCGACGUGCUAAAAACUAAGGCAGAUCUGCUGCACGAGGUUCGUGGCAUGGUCCUGGACCACGACGGGCAGAUCAAGCAUCUUCUGGAAUCAGCCCGGCCCUCGCCUCUCACCUCCAUCGACCUGCUGGAGGAGUACGUGGACACGCGGCUGAGCAACCUGCGUGGAGAGCUGCUCGAUGGCUUCGAGAAGAAGCUGGGGAAGAUCCAGACCAUGUGUGACUUCCGGAUCCAAGAGGUGCGGCAGCAGUGUGAGGAGGAGAAAGCUGCCAACUUGAGGCUGCAGCAGACGCUGGAUGGGAAGGAGCUAGAGAUCAAAAAAGAGAUCUCCCAGCUGGAAACCCAGAUCCAAGGGCUGACGGUGGUGGAAAGCUGCUGCAGCAACCUGGACUACCUCACCGAUCGCAUGAACAUUCUUGAAAAAGGUCUUCACAGCAUCUCUGACUCCCAGAAGAACUUGCACUCACGGCUGGAUGGUGAAGUCUCCACUGCCACCCUAGGCAACCUUUUUGAAGGGCGCUUUGAAGACCUGGAAGCCCGACUCAAUGCUACAGAGGGAGAAACAGGAAGCUGCUGCUCCAGCAUAGAGGACAGCAUGAGAGGCAUGGUGGUGGCAGAGGUGGAUGGGAUGAGGACUGCCUUUGAAGACAAAAUGCAGACCCUAGAGGACAGGUUCAUGACCAUUGUGGGGGAGCUGAACAAUGUCAGUUCUCCUGUGGGCAUGGAGGGAGUGGUGGUGCCCGUGCUGGAGGGGGAGCUCGCCAGCAUGAGGAAACGCACGGACGAGACUCUGGAGGUGUUGCAGAACCGCCUCAUCACGUUGGAGACAACUUGUUCCCUGGGCUGCACCUCUGCCUCCAAGGACGUGGAGACUUUCCGGACAGAGAUAGAAGACUGCCAGAACAAGAAUCAGGACCUGCUCCUCCGGAUGGACAGCAACUACGACCUCCUGCGCAAGCUGAACGCCACCAUCCUGGAGAUCCAGCGGCGAAUCGAGGAGGAAGCCUCGGGGGCUUUGCAAGGGGAGAUCACCUUGCUAAAGAUCAACCUCAACACCGUGAGCAAAUCUCUGACAGGCCUCAAGGACUCAGUCUCCCAGUACUCAGACACCGUGACCCACAUCAACUCCUCGCUGGAUGACCACGAGCGGAAGAUCGAGGACGAGGUCCACUCCAUCCAGGAGAAAAUCAACAACCAAGGCUCCCAGCUUUUCUUCAGCAACCGGCGUGUCCUGAACCUUAAGGGAGACUUGGAGCGACUCAAAGCCAGGAUCAUCAGUGACCUGAGCUCCUGCAAGAGUGUGGCCCACGGCCUGCAGCAGGAGAUUGCUCACUUCGAUGACCGGGUGGCUCGGGUGGAGAGCGUCUGCGGCAGGUUGGGCGCUGUCACGGGAAGCCUGGAUGGCAUCAGGGAUGAACUGGAGAAACACACAGGCAGCCUGUGGGACUACAUGGACCACAUGAAUGGGACGCUGGCUGCCCACUCUCAGGAAAUAACAGGACUGAAGGACAACCUGCUUGACUGCCAAGCCAAGGUCUUGGAGCUGGCAGAGCAGGUCUCCCACUUGGAAGAGCAGGCAGAGGGGAAGCAGCAUUAGCUGUGCCCCCACAUGCUGCUUCUUUCUCCUCCUGGUGAAGGACAGGAUUAACUUAUAUCACACAGACUAGCUCCAAUGUGACAACAGUUCUUGGGAUAACUUUUUUUUAAUGAAAAGAUAAAUUAAAAGCUGCUACAAACCUCUUUUUUUUUUUAAUGUUAAAGUCCUGUCAGCCCCACUUCUCUGUGACUUUGCCUCCUGGUGCUCAGCAGCUGUCCUGACCCUGGAGCAGCAGGAUAACUGCCUCCUGGCCGGGGGUGGUGCUUUGGCUCCUGGGCUGAUGAGCCCAGAAGGACAAUUCUGGAGGAAGCUGGAGGCAGGGACUUUUUAAAUUUUAUUUUUGUGGAUUUAUUGCUUCUUGAAGAAAAAAAACAAAACACAAGCAACGAAACAACAACCCUGUAGUUGUCAGCUGAGGAAUAGAGUUUCUCUGACCUACAGACCUCCUGCGUCUUAAUCCAGGGACUGAGCAGAGCCAGGGCUCCUUCCAGGGAACAAAACUCACCACAGGAAUUGUGGGUUUCAAAGAACACACGUAUUCACACCCCCCCUCGGGAGCUGCCUUCCCCUCCCCGAGCCAGCAGCUUCUCCUGCAUGGUAAAUCCAUUUACACUGCUCCCUCCUCCAGGCAAACACACGUGCCUUAUGGAGCAUGUGAGGUUCUGCGU